GGCUCUGUAAUCAUCUUCCAUCAACCACUCAUCUAAACUUAUCCACAUUCCCAAUUGUUUACAUUCUCUCUCACAUAAUCAGACAGAGCCAACACUCUUUGUUUCCCAAUUCUAUGCUCCAUGGCUGCCUCUACUCUCUCUCCUGUCACCCCUUCUCAGCUGUGUUCGAGUAAGAAUGGGAUGUUCUCACCAUGUCAAGCUCUAAUGGUGAAGUCCACAAGGACUCAUCAUCAAUUGGGUGCUGGAAAGGAAAGAAGCAUGAAGGUCACGUGCCAGGCCACCAGCAUCCCGGCCGACCGUGUCCCGGACAUGGGUAAGAGGGAGACCAUGAAUUUGCUUCUUCUCGGUGCCAUUUCUCUCCCCACCGGCUUCAUGUUGGUCCCUUACGCCACCUUCUUUGCUCCACCCGGGUCAGGAGGUGAAGGAGGUGGUAUCGUGGCAAAGGAUGCUCUUGGAAAUGAUGUGAUUGCAGAUGAAUGGCUCAAGACUCAUGGACCUGGUGACAGAACCCUUACUCAAGGCUUGAAGGGAGAUCCAACCUACCUUGUGGUAGAGAAUGACAGAACCCUAGCCACCUAUGGCAUUAACGCAGUCUGCACACAUCUUGGCUGUGUGGUGCCUUUUAAUAGUGCCGAGAACAAGUUCAUCUGCCCAUGCCAUGGAUCUCAAUACAACAACCAAGGCAGGGUUGUUAGAGGUCCUGCUCCUCUGUCAUUGGCUCUGGCACAUGCAGAUAUUGAUGAUGGAAAAGUGUUGUUUGUUCCAUGGGUUGAAACAGAUUUCAGAACCGGCGAAGAUCCAUGGUGGGCGUGAAGUCCCUCCUUAAUAUUCAUUUUACUCAUGGCCAUGUACUCAUUCCAACUGAGUCCACCCUAAAUCAUUUGUAAAACCGAAAGGCUUAAGAACUGAAAAAUAUAUUCACAUAAAAUUUCUCUUUGUUGAUCUUUAAGAAUCAGAUUAUGAUGUUUAUGUCUA